UCAAUGAACAAGUCUGAUACUAUUCACAAUUAGGAAAAUAUUGAUCCAAACAUCAUUCGUAACUUAUCUUCAUAACAAAAGAAGAUUCCAAGAAGUUCUGGAUAAAAAACACCAUGGAGUGCUAAGUAUUAUUCAAUUAUUAUUUUUUAAAGUACUGGAGAAAUAAGUCAUUCUACCAAUGAUGAUAUAGAAAUAUCAUGUUUUUAAGUAGGACCAGUCAAAACUACUCAAUUAUCACCUAAUUAAGCUAUUGUAUGUUAAUCAAGAUUAGAGUAAUAUUUGACUUCGAAUAAUGUUCCUGAUAUACUUUCCUAUUUAGAUGAAUUUGAAGAUCUAGAUUGGGUCAAAUCUAAUUAUAUUACUCACAUUAUUGAAAUGAUAGUAAAAUAAGAAAAAGAAUAUUUGAAAUAAAGGAUUGUAGGAUUAACAGCUAUAUUAACAAGUAAGAAUUAUCUACUCACACGAUAAAUUAUUAAGAUGAUAUUUAGUGUAUCAUCUAGAAUUGGAGCAUAAGAAGGCUAUUAUGCUUUAUAUGAAAUAGAUAAUUUAUUAGAAUAAAUGAUCUAAAAAGAAGAAUUAUAAUAAUAUCAUUAAAUAUAAUAUUUUCCAUUAAUAUUAUAUUGCUAUGCUCACUAAUUAUUAUAUUGGGGUUUAGUUGCAGAAUGUUGGGAUUUAUUGAAAUUUAAGUUAAAUAAAGAGAUUAAUGAAUCAAUCAAAGAUGAAUUUGAGAAAACUGCACAAAAGAUUUGUGAUAUGCUUUUAAGAUAAUUAAUUGAAUUAAGCAAUUCAAAUAAUCAAUGGAUGAAGGUAUUCAAUGAAGUAUUGAAUGAAGGUGUAAUCAAUUUACAUCCAUCUGAUAUCUUCUUUAAUAAAUUAAUUGAUUAUGCUUUCAGAAAACAAUAAGUCACAAUAGCUGAGUUGUUGCUUACCUUUAUGAGAGACAAUGCUAAAAUUCAACCAACAAUUGUUACAAUUAAUACAAUGAUUGAUUAGUAUUUCAAAAAUAAUCAGAAAGAUAAGGCUUGGAAGGUAUUUGAGAAUCUUAAACUAUCAUCUACAAAACCUGAUAAUUUCACUUAUACUACAUUAAUAAAUGGAUUAAAGAAUUCUGAUAAUAUGGAUCUUAGAUUAGCAUUUCAAUUAUUUGAAGAGUAUAAAUAAUUCAAUUAACCUGAUCAAAUCAUCUAUAAUUGUUUAUUAGAUGCUUGUAUUAAUGCUGGUGAUUUAAAUAGAGGAUUUCUAUUAUUGAAUGAGAUGAAAUAAUCAUAAUCUAUUUAAUUAGAUGAAAUCACUUAUAAUACAUUAAUAAAAGGAUGUGGAAGAAAGAAGAGAUUAAAUGAAGCUAUUAAUUUAUUUGAAGAAAUGAAAUAAAUAGGUAUCAAACCAAAUAGAAUAAGUUUUAAUUCAUUACUUGAUUCUUGUGUUAAAUGUAAUAAAAUGAAUAUUGCUUGGAGAUAUUUUGAAGAAAUGAGAAAAUAAUAUGGUAUCUUCCCAGAUAAUUUUACUUAUAGUAUUUUAGUUAAUGGAAUUAAAACUAAUCAUUCAAAUAGAGAUGAAUUACUAAGAGCAAUAUCCUUAUUAGAAUAAAUAUAAGAAACUGGUCAAUUUAAACCAGAUGAGAUUCUAUAUAAUUCAUUAAUUGAUGCUUGUGUUAAAUUUAAUGAAAUUUAAAAAGGAAUGUAAUUAUUCAAGGAAAUGAAGGAUAAAUAAAUUGAACCAUCAUCUGUUACAUAUGGUAUUCUAAUUAAAGCUUAUGGUAAAAUGAAUGAUUUGAAUGGAGCUUUUAGAAUGUUUGAAGAGAUGAAAUAAAAGAAGAUACCAAUUAAUGAUGUUACUUAUGGAUGUUUAGUUGAUGCUUGUGUAAGAAAUGAUAGAUUAGAUUAAGCACUUUAAUUCAUUGAAUAAAUGAAAUCAUAAAAUCUACCAAUUAACACUGUUCUAUAUACAACUAUUAUAAAAGGAUUUUGUAAGUUGAAUUAAACAGAAGAGGCAAUGAAAUAUUUCAAUUUAAUGAAAUAAAAUUAAAGGACAUAUCCAAAUCUUAUAACUUAUAAUUCACUUCUAGAUGGAUUAGUAAAAAAUGGAUUAAUGAAUUAAGCAGAUAAAUUAUUCUAAGAAUUAGUAGAAUCAACAAUCAAACCAGAUCUAAUUACAUUCAGUACUUUAUUAAAAGGACAUUGUAGAAGAGGUAAUAUGAAGAGAUUAAAUGAAACUGUAUAAACUAUGUUAGUCUAUCAGAUCAAUCCUGAUGAAUCAUUAUUACAAUUAAUUCUAGAAUCUUGUUUAAAUUAAUAAUAGUAUCAUAAUGGUGUUUAAAUAUAUGAUUAAUUCUAACAUCAAAUACCUUAAUCAACUUAAUUAUUAUUGAUCAUCAUUAGAUUACAUAGUUAAGAUAAGUAAUUAUCAUCAGCAUUACCAUUAUUAAAUAGACUCUAUUAAUUGUUGGAUGAAAGUAGAAUACAACAUCAAUAAUUAGAAUCNAUCUUAGAUUAGCAUUUCAAUUAUUUGAUGAGUAUAAAUAAUUCAAUUAACCUGAUCAAAUCAUCUAUAAUUGUUUAUUAGAUGCUUGUAUUAAUGCUGGUGAUUUAAAUAGAGGAUUUCUAUUAUUAAAUGAGAUGAAAUAAUCAUAAUCUAUUUAAUUAGAUGAAAUUACUUAUAAUACAUUAAUAAAAGGAUGUGGAAGAAAGAAGAGAUUAAAUGAAGCUAUUAAUUUAUUUGAAGAAAUGAAAUAAAUAGGUAUCAAACCAAAUAGAAUAAGUUUUAAUUCAUUACUUGAUUCUUGUGUUAAAUGUAAUAAAAUGAAUAUUGCUUGGAGAUAUUUUGAAGAAAUGAGAAAAUAAUAUGGUAUUUUUCCAGACAAUUUUACUUAUAGUAUUUUAGUUAAUGGAAUUAAGACUAAUCAUUCAAAUAGAGAUGAAUUACUAAGAGCAAUAUCCUUAUUAGAAUAAAUAUAAGAAACUGGUCAAUUUAAACCAGAUGAGAUUCUAUAUAAUUCAUUAAUUGAUGCUUGUGUUAAAUUUAAUGAAAUUUAAAAAGGAAUGUAAUUAUUCAAGGAAAUGAAGAAUAAAUAAAUAGAACCAUCAUCUGUUACAUAUGGUAUUCUAAUUAAAGCUUAUGGUAAAAUGAAUGAUUUGAAUGGAGCUUUUAGAAUGUUUGAAGAGAUGAAAUAAAAGAAAAUACCAAUUAAUGAUGUUACUUAUGGAUGUUUAGUAGAUGCUUGUGUUAGAAAUGAUAGAUUAGAUUAAGCACUUUAAUUUAUUGAAUAAAUGAAAUCAUAAAAUCUACCAAUUAAUACUGUUCUAUAUACAACUAUUAUAAAAGGAUUUUGUAAGUUGAAUUAAACAGAAGAGGCAAUGAAAUAUUUCAAUUUAAUGAAAUAAAAUUAAAGGACAUAUCCAAAUCUUAUAACUUAUAAUUCACUUCUAGAUGGAUUAGUAAAAAAUGGAUUAAUGAAUUAAGCAGAUAAAUUAUUCUAAGAAUUAGUAGAAUCAACAAUCAAACCAGAUCUAAUUACAUUCAGUACUUUAUUAAAAGGACAUUGUAGAAGAGGUAAUAUGAAGAGAUUAAAUGAAACUGUAUAAACUAUGUUAGUCUAUCAGAUCAAUCCUGAUGAAUCAUUAUUACAAUUAAUUCUAGAAUCUUGUUUAAAUUAAUAAUAGUAUCAUAAUGGUGUUUAAAUAUAUGAUUAAUUCUAACAUCAAAUACCUUAAUCAACUUAAUUAUUAUUGAUCAUCAUUAGAUUACAUAGUUAAGAUAAGUAAUUAUCAUCAGCAUUACCAUUAUUAAAUAGACUCUAUUAAUUGUUGGAUGAAAGUAGAAUACAACAUCAAUAAUUAGAAUCAACUAUUAAUUCCUUAUUAAUUAAUCCACUUGAUGAAUAGACUUAUCCAAUAAUCACUAAAAUCAUCAUCUAAGCAUUAAAAUCAGAUAUCAAUGUGAAUAAUCUAGAAAAUCUAGUAUCUAUAGACAACUCAGAAUUAAUGCUCUUAUUAUAGAAUACCAAUUAAUUACCAUGUACUAAAUUAUCAUAAAUCCUCAAUUCAUUGUCUAAUUAAGAUUAGUAAUUAUGUAGAACAUACAUUUCAAAGAAUAAUAAGAAUGACUUGAAAGAACCUUUGAAUGAGUAAUUUGGUUAAGUAUUUUUAUCAUGUAACAGUAACAACAACUAUCAAAACAAGAAAACUAAACNGAACCAUCAUCUGUUACAUAUGGUAUUCUAAUUAAAGCUUAUGGUAAAAUGAAUGAUUUGAAUGGAGCUUUUAGAAUGUUUGAAGAGAUGAAAUAAAAGAAGAUACCAAUUAAUGAUGUUACUUAUGGAUGUUUAGUUGAUGCUUGUGUAAGAAAUGAUAGAUUAGAUUAAGCACUUUAAUUCAUUGAAUAAAUGAAAUCAUAAAAUCUACCAAUUAACACUGUUCUAUAUACAACUAUUAUAAAAGGAUUUUGUAAGUUGAAUUAAACAGAAGAGGCAAUGAAAUAUUUCAAUUUAAUGAAAUAAAAUUAAAGGACAUAUCCAAAUCUGAUAACUUAUAAUUCACUUUUAGAUGGAUUAGUAAAAAAUGGAUUAAUUAAUUAAGCAGAUAAAUUAUUCUAAGAAUUAGUAGAAUCAACAAUUAAACCAGAUCUAAUUACAUUCAGUACUUUAUUGAAAGGACAUUGUAGAAGAGGUAAUAUGAAGAGAUUAAAUGAAACUGUAUAAACUAUGUUAGUCUAUCAGAUCAAUCCUGAUGAAUCAUUAUUACAAUUAAUUCUAGAAUCUUGUUUAAAUUAAUAAUAGUAUCAUAAUGGUGUUUAAAUAUAUGAUUAAUUCUAACAUCAAAUACCUUAAUCAACUUAAUUAUUAUUGAUCAUCAUUAGAUUACAUAGUUAAGAUAAGUAAUUAUCAUCAGCAUUACCAUUGUUAAAUAGACUCUAUUAAUUGUUGGAUGAAAGUAGAAUACAACAUCAAUAAUUAGAAUAAACUAUUAAUUCCUUAUUAAUUCAUCCACUUGAUGAAUAGACUUAUCCAAUAAUUACUAAAAUCAUUAUCUAAGCCUUAAAAUCAGAUAUUAAUGUGAAUAAUUUAGAAAAUCUAGUAUCUAUAGACAACUCAGAAUUAAUGCUCUUAUUAUAGAAUACCAAUUAAUUACCAUGUACUAAAUUAUAAUAAAUCCUCAAUUCAUUGUCUAAUUAAGAUUAGUAAUUGUGUAGAACAUACAUUUAAAAGAAUAAUAAGAAUGACUUGAAAGAACCUUUGAAUGAGUAAUUUGGUUAAGUAUUUUUAUAAUGUAACAGUAACAACAAUAAUCAAAACAAGAAAACCAAACCAUAAGAGAGAUCAUCCCCAUUUAAUAAUGAAAAUAAGGAGAAUGUUUAUCAUCCUAAAAAACAAUAUAACAAUUAUGCCAAAAAUGACUUGAAUGAAUACUUGAAUAACAAGUCAUAUACCAAGAGAAGAUGAUU